GUAUACGAUUAAAGCUGGAUUUUUAAAAACAACGUGUUUCACUGUUUCAGUGUCUGUAAAAUUUGCUGAAAAUUGCAUGAAUGAUUAUGAUUUGAGCUAAGCAAUUCAUUCUUAUUGGAAUAAUCAAAAGGACAUAUUCAUAUUCUCAAAGAUGGUUCUACAACGAAUAGUAAAACCUAAGACACAGCAAGGUAAGCGUUUUCUGGAGAAACGAGAACCAAAGCUUGUAGAGAAUGACAAACAGGCCAUGUUUAUAAAGGGAGGUAAUACCAGCAGUGUGGUGUCCCAGGCCCUAAAAGAACUGUAUGUUUUAAAGAAACAAAACUCUGUAACAUAUAAAAGGAAGAAUAUUUUGAGACCUUUUGAAGAUGAAACACCUCUGGAAUUUUUUGCCAAGAAAACUGAUGCCUCCCUGUUUAUGUUUGGAUCCCACAACAAGAAGCGGCCCAACAACCUGGUACUAGGUCGGUUUUUUGACUUCCACAUUUUAGACAUGAUAGAGCUCGGAAUAGACAAGUUUGUGUCACAGGCGGAGUUUCCAGGAGGAAAAUGUCCAGAAGGAACAAAGCCAUGUUUGAUGUUUGCUGGGGAGACAUUUGAACAGGACGUUGAGUACCAGAGACUGAAGAAUUUACUGAUAGAUUAUUUCCGUGGUCCGGUGGUUAGCCAGGUUCGAUUGGCUGGUUUAGAACAUGUGAUCAUGGUCACAGCGACGGAGGGGAAAAUUCUUAUCAGGAAUUAUAGAGUAUUGCUGAAAAAGUCGGGCAGCCGGACGCCGAGGAUUGAGUUGGAGGAGAUCGGGCCCUCACUGGAUUUGACCCUAAGGAGGGUCAAGCUGGCCUCAGACGACCUCUACAAGAGGUCACUCAAACAGCCCAAGACAGUCAAGCCUAGAAAGAAGAAAAAUGUAUCCCAUGAUGCUUUUGGAUCUAAGCUUGGAAAUAUUCACAUGCAGAAACAGAGUUUAGAUAAAUUACAGACAAGAAAAAUGAAAGGACUAAAAGCCCAGAAAAGAAAGUCUCAGUCUGAGGCAAGACAGUCAAGUGCAAAAAGGUCAAAGGGUGUUGAUACCUAGUAGGAAACAAAAAAGUUGAAUUGUUUUCUGUGAAUCAGGAUGAAGGAGCUGGAUGUCAUCAAUGACCAGGGACAUUUUACUUACAAGUACAUUUGUAUACCCAACCAUUAAAGAGCAAACAAUGGAGACGUAAUCAGUUUAAUUCUGACAUGAACGAAAUACAAAUACCGGGUACAUGUACAUGUACAAUCGAUUAUGAAGAACUAAUUUCUUAAUUUCAUCUGUAACCAAAAAUGUAUGGUAUUGGUACAUGUAUUAAAAACUUGGUUAUGUUAUUGUU